UCUGUUGCCAUAGUAACUGUUGUUAGCUGGAGCAGAUUUGUUGUUGUUGGCUAAUUUUGAAGCUCUUCGUGUUGAUGCUGUUGGCGUCAGAUGUGUUGAUAAUUUCUACCGCGUGGAAAAGCGUAUCUAAUAAAACCAGAAACGCGCUUUAUUGCAGCUCUGAUCUGGACCGGUACUGGAGGACAGACGAUGUCUGGAGAUUUGGUAGCUGUGUGGGAAGUGGCUUUGAGUGAUGGUGUGCACAGGAUUGAAUUUGAACAUGGCACAACCACAGGAAAACGAGUUAUUUACAUCGAUGGAAAGGAAGUCAUAAGAAGAGAUUGGAUGUUCAAACUGGUUGGAAAGGAGACUUUCAAUGUGGGUAGUACGGAGACAAAGGCCACUAUUAACAUUGAUGCAGUGAGUGGCUUUGCGUAUGAAUACACUCUAGAGAUUAAUGGACAGAGCCUCAGGAAGUACAUGGAGAACCGCUCUAAAGUGACCAGCACAUGGCUCCUCAACCUGGACGGCAUUGACUGCAGGGUGGUUCUGGAGAAAGAUACCAUGGAUAUAUGGUGCAAUGGACAGAAAAUGGAAACAGCUGGUGAGUUUGUGGAGGAUGGCACAGAGACACACUUUUCUCUGGGUGACCACGACUGCUGCAUCAAAGCUGUGAGCAGCGGCAAGAGACGAGAUGGCAUCAUUCACACACUGCUGGUGGACGGCAUGGAGAUCUCAGAGGCAGAAUGAGCUGUCUGAAGGACUGUGUGAGUGUGUCUGGAUGAUCCAUCCUCAUCAGAAGAGUGUACAGUAUAUAAGGAUGUUGGGUUAGCAUGUGCUCAUUUUCUGACCACAAAUCAGCAUGUGCUGGUUCAGUAAUGGUCCACUUUGAGGCAUGAGAAACAGACGUGUCUUACAAACUGUUAUUUAUGCUGCUCUAUAGCAACAUCAGAUAUAAUUGUGAUUAUGAAGUGAUGUAUAUGUGUUUUUUUUAUUCUUACAGUGAAGUUAACUGAGACACAGACACACAUUUGUGGAUACUUGGACCUAGAUUCACUGCAAAAAAUAUAUAUCUUUAAUAUAUCUUUAUAUCUUUACUAUUUUACUUUGAUCAUGGUGUCCAGUGCAAACAUUCUUAAAUUAGAAUUCAAGAUAAAUAUAUGAUAAACGUGGCCUAAGUAUGAAUUAGAAAUGAACAUGUGUAUUGUUUAGAGAAUUAUGUCUAAAAUCUACUGACUCAUAAAGGGUCAAAAUACAGCAAUAAUAUUGUUUAGGAAAAUAUGAUUUAAUGGGACUCUGUGUUUUAAGAUACUUUGUCUCAAGGCUUUUGACAAUAACAUAUUUCUGGUGGUUCAA